AUGUGUGUUGGAUGCAAAAUUGGAUAUGUUCCAAAUAUCACAACAUCGCUUCAAUGCAUCAUAUGUACAGACUUUGAUAUCAACUGUGUGGAGUGUGUAACUGAUGAAAGAAAGUGUAAAAAAUGCAAGCCUGGGAUGUAUCCAGAUGAACAAAGUGGGGCGUGUAAAAGUUGUGAUACUACAUGUGAUUCGCAGUGUGAAACAUUUUCUGGUAUUUGCACCGGAUGUUCUUCAAAUCAUAUAUUUAAUGAUCCAAAAGAUAAGAAGUGUGCCACUUGUUCGUCUUUUGAUUCAAAUUGUUCAUCUUGUUCUUCAGAUUUUACUCGUAAAUGUACGUUAUGCAACACCAAUUAUUACCCAGACAUCACUUCAAAUAAAUGUGUUGAAUGUAACACGAUAGACAACUGUAAAACGUGUUCUCCGAGUAAUAUGUAUUGUUUAACAUGUCAAGAUCCUUACAUUCAAAAGAAUGGAAUGUGUGAAAGUUGCCCAAUUGGCUUUUUCAAAGAGAGUGAAACCAAAUGUGGGGAGUGUUACAACUUCAUUGAAAAGUGUAAUCUUUGCGACACACUUUCUGUAGGAAAAGCGAAGUGCACCAAGUGUAUUUAUCCCUUUGCAAUCAAAAAUGGGAAGUGUGACUGGUGUGGAAGUGGGGAACUUAAUGAUAAACAAAAUGGUGUGUGUAUCAACACAAAUAACAGUUGUUAUUCACCAACAAACAAUACUUUCUGUAUCAAAUGUGGUAAAGAUGCUUUUCUAUCAAAUGGAAGUUGUGUUGUUGAUUCAAAUUGUGAAUCUGAUUCUUCUCUCUCGUUGACUUCAUGUGACUGUUCCUCUCAAAUUUCUACAAAUUCUAAGUGCAUGGAGAUGUUAUCAAAAUGUAAAUAUCAAAAAUCCUUCAAACAAAGCACCAGCUGCAUUUCAUGCGAAGAUGAUAAUAUCUUAAACGAAGGGAAAUGUGUUGGUGUAACAACAAAUGAAGUAAUAAGAAAUCAAAUCGUUUAUAUGUGUGAAACUGGGAAAUAUCUUACAGUCGAUAAUAAAUGUCAAGACUGUGAUUCAAAGACCAUGAUAUGUACCAACAUAAACAAUUUGUCCCUUUCUCUUUUGUGUAAACCAAACUAUAUUUUCACAUUAAAAGAUUCGUUGUGUUCCGAUGAUACAAAUUGUGCGUCUAUUAAAAACAACGAGUGUGUCAAAUGUUAUAAUGACAACUUUGAGGUUUCCAAAGGGAAGUGCACGAAGUGUAAGAAUGAUAAUUGUGCACUUUGUGUUGGUGGAAAGUGCCAGAUGUGUUCCGCAAAUCAUUUAAUGUAUUCUGAUAACCAAUGCGUUGCAAAGGAAUUGGUGAACUGCAUGAGUUCGAGUCAUAGUGGUUGUACACAAUGUAAAGAAGAGUUUUACCAAAUAGACGGCAAAAAUGUUGAAGGAAAGUACGAGUUUUGUGCCAAAACAGAAGCCAAAUUACGCUGUAAAUAUUACUCUCCAAAUCAAUUAAAGUGUAUUGAAUGUCUCAACGCAUAUAGUCUCAAAAAUGGAAUUUGUGCAGAAACAUUUGACGAUGAAACAUUUGAAGAAGAGAACCAGACUGAAGCGUUUAAUAGUUUAAAAGGCGACUUAAAAACACAAGAAACGGUUGAGUGUCAAAUAAGAAACAACAAAGGAUGUCAACGGUGUUAUGAUGGCUAUUUUUUGAGUAAUACUCUUUGCGUGAAGUGUUUGAAUGACUGUUUGAGUUGUUUCAAUUCUUCAUAUUGUACUUCGUGUUCUUCUGAGCAUUUUCUUGACUUGUUCAUGAAGUGUCAGACGCUUGGAAAUUUGGCCAGAAGAUGCGAAAUUUCUUUGCCUUCUGGAAUAGGAUGUGCAAUAUGCAAAAUGGGAUAUUACAAGACCGAAAAAGACUGUAACGAGUGUGACAGUUCUUGUCAUGUAUGUGUGAAGAAAGAUGAGUGUUUGUCGUGUAAAGAAGGGUACUUUAAAAUAUCUACAGAGUCGACCAAAUUGUGUUUAUCGAAUUCUACACUCAACAAUUGCACAAAAUCGACAUCAGAAGGGUGUGUUCUAUGUGAAGAAUCCUUCUACUUACAAAACGGUCGUUGUUUUGUGUGUGAAAAUGAUUGCUUGACAUGUCGAAACGGUGACUCGUGUGAAACGUGUCGAACUGAUCAUGUUUUGGUUGGAGGAAGGUGUGUCCAUUACACCACAAUUGAACACUGUACCCAAGCAGAAAACUCACAAUGUGUUGCUUGUGAAGGCAGUAACAGACCAUCAGAUGAUGGUGAGAGUUGUGUAAACACUACAAAUUAUGGUGUUGUAAUUGGAAUACCUGUCGCUGUUUUAAUCGUAUUUUUCAUACUCAUAGCAAUUAUUUUAGUCGUUGUAUUAUUCAUCAAUACAAAGAAAAAAGAAAAAAUGAAAAUGAAGAACAUUUGUGUGUUUAAAAUGAAGCGUUCGAAUAUUGACAUGGACAAUAUAAAUUCUGUUUUAUUAUCGAAUAAGAAGUCAAUUAAAUUCAAUUUAAAUAACGACAAUCCCAUUCCAGUCGACAAAGAGACUAGAGACUUGAUAUGUAUUGGCAAUCAGUCAAAACGCAAUAUGAAAGUACAAUUCAGUGUUAUUGAAGGGUGUGAUUCUUACCAAAUUCGCACAGUUCCUUCAAUCAUAACACUAAAAAGGGGCGAAGCUUGUGAAUUUGAAAUAUUUAUAAAACCACUAUGUUCGUGUAAAAUCGAAGAAAAUGUGAUGGUUACUUCACUUGAUAUAACAACAGGAAAUGUGGUAAACGCUAAAAUAGGAAUUGACACAACAACACAACAGACGACCAAACUUAAUUAUAAAGAACUUGAUGUGAUCACCAAACUUGGCGAAGGAUCAUUUGGCAUUGUGUAUAUGGGAAAUUACAAAGGUAAUUUAGUAGCCAUAAAAAAGAUGAAACAAAUUGCAUCAACAAACACUUUAACAAAUGAAAUCACUGAUGAAAAGAAGUCACUUCAAGAAUUUGAAAAUGAAGUGAACAUGUUGGACAAAUUUAGAAGUGAUUAUAUCGUCCACUUCUAUGGCGCUGUGUUCAUACCAAACAAAGUGUGUAUGGUCACCGAAUAUGCUCAGUUUGGGUCUUUAAAUGAUAUUUUGAAACAUAAAAAGUCGGAUGAGGUUGAAACAAGAAUUCGUGUUAAAAUUAUUUUAGAUGGAGCAAGAGGAAUUCAAUAUCUUCAUGAGAAUGGCAUAUUACACAGAGAUAUUAAACCAGACAACAUCUCA